CGCGCAUCCAAUUCAAGCAGAGAUUCGCAUAGCCGUGUGUUUGUAUGAUUAGAUUACGAGAACAUUAAAAUCAUUAAUACGCAACAUUAACUGCCAAUUGAAUAAGUGUUUAACUAGUGUGAGAUUACCGUCAAAAUGUGGAAAUCAACGCUUAUAUUUGCCUUAAGUGUGACAUGUUUCGUGGGAGCUGAAGAUGUGCGUCUUGUUGAUUUGGAUCCUCCCGAAGCACAACAAUUGAUUGAUAGCAAAGACACUACUUUGAAAUAUGCGCCGAAAAUUGAAUCGAAUGUGCCAGCAGUGAGGUACAUCGGUAAUGAACCACAGAAUGUACAGGAAGAUAUUUAUCUGGCCAAUCAGUACCAUGGUCAAGAUGGCCUCGGAGGAUAUCUCUAUGGAUAUUCGGUUCCAGAUAUUGCUAAAACUGAACGUAAGAAGGCUGGCGGUGAUUUGAGGGGUGCCUACAAUUACAUUAGUGGAGAUGGCCAAGAAAUUAAGGUUGAAUAUUGGGAUGAUGGUAAUGGUUUCCAUCAAGUAGACAACGUCCCAAAGAUUCUCCCGAAACAAAUUGAGGAUUCUCCUGAUGUGAAAGCUGCCAAAGACGAACACGCACGGAUCUGGGCUGAAGAAGCUGAAAGGAACUCAAAACCCAUUCAAAAUCCAUAUCCUAAUGCUCAACCAGGUGCUUACGCUGGUUUAGGAGCUGGUGUUGGUGCUGGUGUACCUAAUCCAAAACCCCAAGGUCAAUUUGGUGGUCAAGGACAACAUAAUCAAGGCGGUUAUCAAGGACAGCAAGGUCAACAAGGUGGAUUUAACCAACAGGGACAACAAAGGCCUCAAGGAGGUUACCAACAACAGGGACAAUCAGGUCAUCAAAAUCAAGGAGCUCAAGGUCAGUCUCAACAAGGGUUUGGCCAACAGAGACCGCAAGGAGGGUUUAACCAACAAGGUCAAGGAAGUCAUCAAGGAGGACAUCAAGGCCAACAAAGUCAACAGGGUAGUUAUAACCAACCUGGACACCAACAAAAUCAAGGCCAAGGCAAUUAUGGAAGUAAUCAAGCUGCAAGACCUCAAGGGCAAGGUUUUGGAGGUCAAGGUCAACAAAGCCAACAAGGACAAAAUUAUGGCGGGCAGGGACAAAAUCCCCAUGGCGGUUAUCAAGGACAACAAUCGCAACACAAUCAAGGUUUUGGACAGAACAACCAACAACGUCCACAACAAGGUUUUGGUGGUCAACAAAACCAAGGACAAUAUGGUUCCCAGCAAACAAAUCAACAAAGACCUCAAUUUGGAAAUCAAGGCCAAAACCAACCACAACACCAACAAGGUGCUUACAAUAAACCUGUCCAAAACCAAUAUGGCGGAUCAAGUGGAUCUCACGAUUAUUCCGGCCAACAAACACAAAAUCAAAAUCAAUACGCCAAAAAUCCAAACCAACAAGAUGGCGAAGAUGACGGCGCUUACAAGUCCGAUGACAGCGAAGGUCAAUGGAAGGACGAUACAAAUGAACCAACUGGUCCACCGAAAGGAUUCUUCUACAACGUUGAUUACCCUGUAGGAAUCAUCGUUUCCAAGCAGGGCGGCGCAGUACAGGGCUCCAAUGUCGGUGACACCUACAAACAGAACAAAGCAAACUUCGAACAACAGUUACAAGGUGGCGCAGCGGUUCACGGAGCAGGAUCAUAUCCCAGUUAUCAAGUGCAUUCAUAAACAAUCAAAAAACACAUAAAUCAGAUAUAUAACACCACAAAAUUAAAAUGAAACAUUCGUAGCCUGUAAAUUAAUUUAUUUACUGUAGAAUAAAGUAAGUUAUUUUAAUUAAAUUUAUACGAAACGUGCCCAAACUUGUUUUGCAACAUAAAAGCAAUAAAUACAUAUUAAUGUUCUAGCAGAA